CAGGAAACAGGAACAAUAAACAAAAUACACUACACCAAAGAGCUCGGCUCCUGCCCUAACAUGGCGGGGAUUAAAGCACUUGUUGCAUUAUCCUUUAGUGGAGCUAUUGGAUUAACCUUCCUUAUGUUGGGAUGUGCCUUGGAGAGCUACAAGGUGUAUUGGCCUUUGUUUGUUUUGAUAUUUUAUGCCAUCAGUCCAAUUCCUUAUUUUAUUGCCAUACGAAUCAGUGACGAUACCGAUGCUGCCAGCAGUGCUUGCAGGGAAUUGGCAUUUUUCUUCACUACUGGAAUCGUUGUCUCUGCCUUUGGCUUGCCUAUAGUUCUAGCCAGAGUUGGUGUGAUUCUGUGGGGUGCGUGUGGACUGGUGCUUGCAGGGAAUGCUGUUAUUUUCCUUACAAUACUGGGCUUCUUCAUUGUGUUUGGAAGAUCAGAUGACUUUAGCUGGGAGCAGUGGUAAAGACUGACACUCUUCAUUGCCGUAUGCACUGGCCACAUGCCUCCUGCUCUUAUAUAUGUAAAUACAUUGUGUAUAUGUAAUCAUGACAUAAAUUCAGAUUAUAGUCUUUAUUAGUUUAUAGUUUGUAUUCCUGAAUAUAAAAAGGUUUGUACACGCUCUCUCUGUCCCUCUGUGUAUGUGAGGGAGGUACAUUGCACUUUUAGCAGUAUUCAGAAACAUGACAAGUCUGAAAAAUGGGGGGCAUUUUCCCCUGGCUUAUUGGAAAGAGUGGUGAUUUCAUUUACCUAGUAUUAGAGAGAUACCUGCACCUCAUUGUUUAAUAAGCCAGUCAGUGAACAGGUCCCUAUUUUUCAAACAUUGCUAUCUGUUUGAAUGCUGAUAGAAUGCAGCACAGCUUGGAUAAACAUAGGACAUCCUUGCAUUCAGAUUGUAGUUUUCUGGGAGCCAGUUUAUAUAUAUAUAACUUGCCGAAACAAUUUUCAGUGCAAUAGUCAUUUUAAUGUAACUUUUUCUCCCUUUUGUAAAUUAUAUUUUUCUAUAGUAAUUAAAAAAAAUGCUUUA